CAAUCCCUGACGUCACACUCCCCAGGUUCCCAACAUGGCGAUCAAUCUUGCGGACCUAUCGCUCCCUCAGCUUGAGGGACUGAAAAGCCAAUUAGACCAGGAGGUCGAGUUCCUGACGUCCUCAAUAAGCCAGCUCAAAGUCGUCCAGGCUAAAUAUGUUGACGCAAAAGAUAAUUUGAAUUCCUUAAACAAAAAAAAUCAAGGCAAGGAAUUACUCGUCCCACUCACAAGUUCUAUGUAUGUGCCUGGAACAUUAAAUGACGUGGAGCAUGUUUUAGUCGAUGUGGGAACAGGAUAUUAUGUUGAAAAGAAUGUAGCAGAUUCCAAGGCAUUCUUCAAACGAAAACUAGAUUUCCUGACAAAGCAAAUUGAGAAAAUUCAGCCCGCCCUUCAGGAAAAACAUGCCAUGAAACAAGCUGUCAUUGAAGUCAUGAAUGUGAAGAUCCAACAGCUACAACAGAGUAAACAGGCUUCCAGCACCAAGGCUUAAUUGUGACAACACUUAAAUGAAUGCUUUUUGUGUGUGUGAAAAAGAACUGUAAAAUGUCCUGCACUGACCUUUAUACAAUCUCUUCUUGCAUAAUUUGGAAAUAAAGGGUUAGUGAACAUUAA